AUGCAGCUAUCGUUUGCUGGAACUUUGAUGGAGCUUUUUGUGGACUUGAUGGGUCCUGUUUUCCAAAUCUUGUCAGCACGCUUUGGUAUCCGCUUUGUCCUAAUCUUAGGCUCCAUCAUCAUGGUCCUUGGUCUUGAGCUUGCAUCCUUGAGCACUGAGAUCUGGCACGUUUAUUUGACACAGGGUGUGCUAUUCGGUUCUGGGGCAUCGCUUUUAUACGUGGCUGCAAUGAGUGUACCAGCCCAAUGGUUUUCAAAAAGAAGAGGUCUUGCCUUGGGCAUCGUUUCGAGUGGUGCAGGCAUUGGUGGUGUCGUUUUACCCUUUGUGCAAACAGCUGUCAACAACACACUUGGCAUCGCAUGGGCGUAUCGCGUGAUCGGCUUCAUUUGCCUUGCAGGAAACAUCCUUAUUUGCAUCCUCGUGAGGGAAAAGUACCCGGGCCAUAAAAAAGGCGUCAAAACCGUUGAUGAGGAAGUCCAAACCCAAUCAUCAAAGAAGGCUUCGAUGCGUGAAAUCUUUGAUUUUACCAUUCUAAAGGAUGUAAACUAUCUCAUGUGGGUCAUCUCUACUAUGGUCUCAGUUAUGGGUUACUUUGUUCCGUUUUUCUUUUUGCCUUCCUAUGUCACCCAACAUCUUGGCUUGAGCAGUGAGGAUGCUAGUGCCAUCACCGCUGUUAUGGCAGCAAGUACCACUGUGGGUCGCAUCUCCAUUGGUUAUAUUGCCGAUCGCAUUGGACGCAUGAAUGCUUUGAUCAUUUGCAACAUUAUUUCAGGUCUCAGCUCGUUUCUAAUUUGGGUGUUUGCAUACGACUACAAUACCAUGAUGGCAUUUGCUGUGGUUUUCGGCCUCGUAUGCAGCAUCUACUUUUCAUCUAUGUCCACCAUUACGGCUACCAUCGUGGGCAUCGACCGGUUCCCUACCGGCUUGUCAGUUUUACUCAUGACGAACAUGGUGCCUGUGUGGGGCCCAUCCAUUGCAAGUGCUGUGGAGGCUCGUCUCUACAACACAGAGCCCUAUUUCUCAUACAAGAUGUUCACAGGCGUCACCUUUUUGCUUGGAGGUCUCAUUCUUUUUGCACUCAAGAUCAAAAUGACCAAGAGCUUCAUGUCAAAAAUCUAA